CCUGACGAAAAGUAUUUUUACAUCUUUUAGUUGUGAAUUUGAAUAGAAGUUGCUAGUAACUAUUAAGGAGGGUUUAUGUAACAACAAUUUUCAAGGUUUCAAGCCUUUGAUUCAAGUAUAAUGUUAUUCGGUAUUUUUUUAGUCAAAUGAGUUUUUUCAAAACCUAAUCAGCAGUAUUUGCAAUUUAUUUCUCAUUGUACAAAAACUUUGUUUCGUGUUUCUAAUGAUAGUAGGAAAUUGUAUUAAUAAUCAUGCAAGUGUCUCGUCGUUGGUUGACCUUAUUGGAUCCAGAAACGUUCUGCCCGCUACGGACUAAGAGAAACUACCCUUCAACUUCACUCACUCAUCCUAAAUGGGAACUUCUGGAUCCUACCCCAAAUAUACAAAAUCUGUUCAAGGAAUUCAACAAAAAAUAUUUUUGUGGCAAAAUUAAAGGUGUGACUGUUGUUUGGGGCAAGCUUCUGGAUGAAGCCGGUGUCACUAUCUUUAGAGAACGUGAUGGACGAAAAGACUACGAUUGCAGAAUAGUUCUGAGUGCACCACUGCUCAGACUGAGGCCUAGAUCCGAUCUGAUCAAUACAUUGCUUCAUGAGAUGAUUCACGCUUUUCUUUUCGUCACAUUCAAUAAAAGAGAUCGAGCUGAACAUGGCACAGAAUUCAAAAAACAUAUGCGUAGAUUAAAUACGGCAGCAGGAACAGCUAUAACAAUCUAUCAUGAGUUUCACGAUGAAGUUGACCUUUAUACUAAGCAACACUGGUGGCGCUGCAAUGGUCCUUGUCAAACAUGGAGACCUAAUUUUGGACUAGUACGUAAAAUGAGGAAUAAACCUCCCGGAUCGCAAGAUCGAUGGUGGGCAACACAUACGAGGAAAUGUGGAGGCACUUUUAUCAAGGUCAGACAACCCGGUGAUAUGGAUGCUAAACCAGUAAAGAUGGCGACCAAAGGCAAAAAAGCAGUCAAAAAGGGUCCACAACCUAGAGGUUCAAAACGCCGUGCAGGUUGCUCUCUUGAGACAGCAAUCGUAGGUAAACGUUCCAGAAGUAUCUCUCCAUGUCCAGCAUGCGACGAAAUUGUAGAUAUGCAUUUCAUCAAUGAACACCUAGAUGAAUGCCUGAAAAAAGGACAACCCAAAGAUUGUAUAGUAUGCAGUGAGCCAUUUCCGAGAGAAGAGUAUGAAGAACAUGUUAUUAGUUGUGUCGACAAGAAAUUUAAUGAUGUGCAAUUCAAAGAGUGCCUUAUAUGUAGUUGCAAAAUAUUGUUGAAAGAUUUUGAAAGACACCUUGCCAAAUGUUCGGAUCAUCAUCAAUCAUCGUUUGUAGAUGAUUGCAUUAAUACCCACAAGUAUUGUGCUACAUGCGACAGUUCAAUAGUUGUUUUAGAUUAUGAUAGACAUGUUGAGACAUGUGGCCAAGCAGAAGAAUCUCCGACUGAUGAGAACAUCUCAUAUUGUGAGGUAUGCAAAGAAAUCAUAUCUGAAGAGAAUUAUAAUGAUCAUGUAGAAAACUGUGUACCUAGGCUUUUCGAGCAAAAUGAUGGAAAGACUAAUUGUAUCGUUUGUGGUAUGUGUAUUUUGAUGGAAGAGUUGAAUCUACAUUUGGAAGAAUGUGAUGGUUUAGUGGAAAUUGUAGAAAACGAAGCGGAUUCAGAUGAAGAAGAAGAAAACCUUGUUGGUGAACUAUGUGCCUGCCCUAUUUGCAUAAAGCUGUUCUUGUAUGAAGAUAUUUACAAACACAUUGAUGAGUGUAUUGUAAAGUGAUCUUUUUCAUUUUCAUUGUCAAACUUUUUAUAUGUUUUGUUAAAAUUUAUCUGUUUGGUCAUACAUCCAUGUUAUAAGGUCCUCAAACAUGUUAUGGUUCAAUUUCACAUACUACAUUCAGGAAAACUAUCUAAAUAAGUGAACUUUAAAUAACAGGAACCUUUAUUGCAUAAAUCUGAAUUAUUUGUUCAAAGUAUGAUCAUAUAUAUGUAGAAAACUUCAAUAUAUUUUUUAUGGAAAUUUUUAAAUAUACAUGUUUUUAGUAAAUCUUUUUAUUCAUACUCUCAAAAGAAAAUGAAAACAAUGCACUGCACAUAUACUAUUCCAAAAUAGAUAUGAAGUUACUGUACAAAAUUAGUAAUACAAACAAACAAAAAUAGUAUACAAACAAUAUUGGAAUCAAAAGCAAAUGAUACUAAUCCUUGUUCCAACAUACAGAAGUAAUUAUCAGUUAAAAUGGGUGAGAAGGUGAUCAAAACACACUGAAUCAUAAAAAUGUGAAGUAUAUUUUGUUCAACAAGUAAAGUAGGUAUCAACAACAUAUAAACAAUGCACUGACUGCAAAAGUGGUAUUAAAUUUAAAUCAAUGGAACUAUCACAACUAAAAAGAAAAAAAUUAUUGGAGAAAUUAUU